UCCUUUUAACCGCACAUCAGCAGAAAAGCAACCCGUUCAUUCGGAUUCGGCCGCCGUGCGGAGAAACUGAGUUCCCUCGCACAACUGGGCUGUGCUCGCAGGAGCAGCGACGAGUCCCCUCCCCAGCAGUAAAGCGAAAACAGCAUUCCCCUCCUGGGGCCAGGACAGGUCAAGACGGUGCCUUGGAAGACGGGCUGUGGUGAGCUGGAAAAAAUAUGAUCCGACGAGAGAGCAGGAGAAAGCUGCGCAUGGAAGCCGCCAGCAUCGUGGAUGCCAGCACCACUCCGGAUGCCUGCAAGAUUUCCCAGCGGAAAAACCAACGCCGCAGGACCUGCCCGAACCCCCGGGAGAUCAGCCAGGCAUUGGCUUGCAACUCUCUGGGAGAAAUGAACCGGUCCUGUACCCUGAAUGAGUUAAUUGAGAAAUGCCUUCGGUCCUUUGAUCUGGAGGGGAAGCUGUGCACCAGCGACUUCAUGGUAAACAUGACAUUAACAGUCCACAGCUGGGUAGUUCCGUCUACCGAGUUGGCUCAUCUCCUCCUGACUUUAUACAAGGACGCAUCCCAGGAGAGACGACCGGAGCGACAGCUGAGGAUCUGCCACUUUAUUCGGUACUGGCUGGUGAACUAUCCCGAGGCCUUUCACCUGGACCCGCACCUGGAGGAGGGCAUUGCGGAGAUCUUGGAGGUGGUGAGGAAAGAAGGCCACACGGAUCGAUGCCGCCUGCUUGACACGUCCAGCACGGUGACCCAUACCUGGAAGCGUGUGCUCAGCUGUCAAGGCAGUCCUGGCUGCGGCAAGAAGCGAAAGGUCUCGCUGCUUUUCGAUCACCUCGAUGCAACGGAGUUGGCCGCCCACCUCACCUUCCUGGAAUUCAAGGCCUUUUGCCGGCUAUCGUACCUGGACUUCCAGAACUACGUUCUGCGUGGGUCAGUGCGCGGCAGCCCCGCCCUGGAACGCGCCAUCGCCCUGUGCAACAGCAUCUCGCAGUGGGUGCAGGUCAUGAUCCUCAACCGCCCGACGCCACAGCAGCGCGCAGAAGUCUUCGCCAAGUUCAUCCACGUCACGCAGAAGCUAAAACAACUGCAGAACUUCAGCACGCUCAUGGCGAUUGUGGGGGGGCUUUGCCACAGCACCAUCGCCCGCCUGAAGGACACACAUGCCCAUCUUCCCUCCGAGGUCACCAAGAUACUGUCCGAGAUGACGGACUUGCUCUCCUCAUCUGGAAAUUACAGGACGUACCGGCGGGCCUACGCCAACUGCGAGGGCUUCAAGAUCCCCAUCGUCGGUGUCCACCUGAAGGACCUGGUGACGCGGCACGAGGCCCUGCCCGACCGCGUGGAUGGCGGGCGGCUCAACCUGAGCAAACUGCAGAGCCUGUACGAGCCGGCAUGGGAGCUGCGGAUGCUGCAGCAGGCGAAGCCGCCGUUCCAGGCCAACAAGGACUUGGUGCACCUGCUCACUCUUUCCCUGGACCUCUACUACACGGACGAGGAGAUCUACGCACUCUCCUAUGCUCGCGAGCCCCGGUGUCCCAAGACGCUGCCCCCCACCCAGUUCAAGCCCCCUGUGGUCGUGGAGUGGGUGCCCGGAGUGUCUCCCAAGCUGGACCAGGCCACCAUCAAGAGGCACGUCCAGCAAAUGGUCGAGUCUGUGUUCAAGAAUUAUGAUCCUGAACAACGGGGCUACAUCUCUCAGGAGGACUUUGAGAGGAUUUCCACAAGUUUCCCUUUCUCUUUCAGUGGGCUGGAAAGAGAGCGCGAGGGAACCUGGAGCCAGGAAGAGCUCUCGGAGUACUUGAUGCGGGCCUGUGCCAUCUUCUCCAAGCUGAGCCUCGGCUUCUCGCACAACUUCCAGGAGGCCACCUUCAAGAAGCCCACCUUCUGCGACAGCUGCAAUGGCUUUCUCUGGGGAGUUUCCAAGCAAGGAUACCGAUGCCGGGACUGUGGCCUGAUCUGCCACAAGCAGUGCAAGGACCAGGUGGAGGUGGAGUGCCAGAGGCGCUUGCACUCCAGUGCCUCCGACAGCAGCACACCUCGGAUCGCAACGCCAGCUGGCACUCUUCACCCCAGCUCAGGCUCCGAGGAAGAAACUUUUCUUUUCCCACCCAAAUGGGAGCAGGUCAAGAGCCCCCUUCUCAGCCUGGGAAGCGCCACGAGCUGCCGGCCGAUGAGACACGCCUCGACCCAAACGGAGGCUGUCAGCCCCAUGGCUGAGAGACUGCAAGAGCGCCAGGGAGGGGUUGGCGGCCACGGCAAGAGCCAGAAGCAGCUACUGGAGCAGCUGAAGGAACUGGAAAAGGAACGGGACAGACUCUUAAUCGCCAAUCAGUGCCUCCAGAGGCGCAACUCACAACUGGAGCUGGAGAACAGCCGGUUGCUGAAGGCAGAUGCGGCAAGCCUUCCAGGACUCUCCUGCCGGAAAGAACAGACUGUCUGCAGUUCCCACAAGCCCAACUGAACAAGGGGCCAGUGGAAGAUGCCAAGGAAGCGAAGAGAAGGGGUUGCUCGUUGGACGGCGCAUCCUGGCAGUUUUUUGCAUGUGCAUUUUUUAUGACAGCUGCUGCCGUUGUGGCUGAAUGUAGGAUGCAGCUUGACUCACUUGCUUGAUCCAUCCGGGUUGCUUUAUUUAGGCGAUCUUUGAUUCCUAGAAGGCACUUUUGUCAACCAAUGUUCCCUGCAGCCACCUAUAAAAAAUGGGGUGUGUAUGCCAAGAGACCCCUUCCCGGACGUGGAUGAACUGGGAUCCUCCAAGACCAAAGUAGAGGCAUCGGUGUGGGGAAAAGACCGCCUCAAGCAUGAAACUGAUGGUGGGGCAGCAGGGAGAGAUCGAGCGAGGCAUGGAAACAUCAGAUAAAUUUCAAUAUUUCUUCUGUCUCCUGCCUUGUUUUCUAUGCGCCCCAUCUCUCUGCUUCACUCCCCCAACCCUGUCUGUUUGGGGCAGUCGAGAACAUGGCCUGUUGGAAAGAGACAAAAUAGGGAUGCUACAAUUUUAAAUCAAGUUGUCUUCUUGCUGAGAGUGGGCUUCCCAGUCCAUUUACAGUCACCUCGCUGACCACCCUGUGCCCUUCUGUUUGCAAAGGGCUGGAGACAGCAAGAGAUCUGAGCCCCUUUGGAAACACGACAUGUUGCACCGUAUCUCCCAGAACCACCAACCGAAAGCAAAAGAAAAUGGGAUGGAGGCAGAAACAUUAUAUUACGGAAGAAAAGGUACCUUUGCACGAAGUAUUCCAACUGAAAGAGAAAGUGUCAUCUCAAGAGCGACACCUGCGUUGUGCCGAAUCCUGCCCUGCGAUUUCCGUUCUGCCUCCCUGCCCACCCCCAAGAGGUGGCCUCAUCCGCAAGAGAAGCGCUCAUUUGUAGAACCCAGAAAGCAGCCUUGUCUGUCUGCAGGAUUAGAGGGCCAGUGUGGUGGAGCGGUUAAGAAUGCUGGACUGGGAUUCAGGGGAGCUGGGUUCCAGGCCCCACUCGGCCAUGGAGCCAACUGGGUG